AUGGUCUGGGAGUAUGAGACACCAACAAUACUCAUGCUCACCCAGUGUACCGAGGCUGGGAAGGUCAAGUGUGUGCAGUACUGGCCAGAGAAGCUACAUGACUCCCUCAGUGUGGGGGGAAAGUUCCGUGUCACCUUCUCUUCCAACAUGCCGUUUGCCGAGUAUGAAUUCAGGAAAUUCAAACUUGAAAAUUUGUCAGAGUCAGAGAGUAAGCACAUGACAGUGAGUCAUCUCCACUACACGGCCUGGCCUGAUCACGGAGUGCCCGACAACGUCAUGUCUCUCAUUGCCUUCAUCCGUCACGUCCGUAAACUCCACCCCGUCUCCCACCAGCAGCCACUGCUGGUCCACUGCAGUGCGGGGGUGGGGCGUACGGGGACACUCAUCCUCCUGGACAUCAUCAUGCAGCAGAUGAAGACAGAGGGCACUAUCAGUGUUCUCCACUGGCUGAGGAACUUACGCAUGCAGAGAAUGAAGAUGGUCCAGAGCCAGCAACAGUAUGAGUUCAUUCACUGUGGUCUGAGUGAGCUGGUGGUGUGUGGGGAGACAGAGGUUGCUGCAGCCAACCUCAGAAUUGCCCUCAAAAACUUGACGAACAAGGGACCAGAUGGAUUGACUGGCUUCCAGAGACAGAUGAAGGGAGAAGAUGUGGUAGUAUAUUGUGAUAUUGAUCUGAUUGGAGUGGUGAGAGGAAGAGAUGUAGCAGUGGAGGUGACUUGGUUUCAAGAGGGAGUCCCAGUGAGACCUGACUCAAGACUCACCAUAUCUGGAGCCACUGGUGAUGUGGGUGGUGUACACAGUAGCCUCACAUUCAGUCCUGUCCACUUCUCUGACAUGGCCACAUACGAGUGUCGUGUUACCCUCACUCCUCUCCUGGGACCUGCUAGUCCUGUCUCCUCUUCUGCCUCCAUCUUUCUCAAUAUCAGUACUAGGAGCAGUUUUGAGUACGUCAUAAACAAUCACAACAAUGGAGAUUAUGUCAGACACCAGCGUAAUGCCAGGAAGAGGUACUCGUUCAAAGAGGGCAACUUGUCUAUAGCAAGAAAGAGCUAUCCAACAGGCAGUGUAGGGGAGGGCAGUAUUGGGGAGGGAGAAGAGGGAAAGACUGAAGACAUUGAAAUGGAGGGUCCUCUCGUGAAUGUGGUGGUGGAUGAUGAAACAUGUGAGGAGGAUGGAGUCCCAAACCAGAUGCAGGAGGAAACUGAAGAUUACUUUCAAGAUCCUACGUCCAUAUUAUUGGCAGACAUUGACCCAAUACCGACUGAGAGGUUCCCAGAGUAUGUGAGGGACAUGCUGUAUGGAGAGGAACAUAAACUGAAAGAAGAGUUCUCGGCCAUGGGAAAGCUACCUCAACCACCCUCCACUGUGGCUGUCCUACCACACAACAAGGCACACAACAGAUUCAACAACAUCUAUCCUUUGAGUCAUCUCCACUACACGGCCUGGCCUGAUCACGGAGUGCCCGACAACGUCAUGUCUCUCAUUGCCUUCAUCCGUCACGUCCGUAAACUCCACCCCGUCUCCCACCAGCAGCCACUGCUGGUCCACUGCAGUGCGGGGGUGGGGCGUACGGGGACACUCAUCCUCCUGGACAUCAUCAUGCAGCAGAUGAAGACAGAGGGCACUAUCAGUGUUCUCCACUGGCUGAGGAACUUACGCAUGCAGAGAAUGAAGAUGGUCCAGAGCCAGGUCAGAGAAAUGGGGUGGACCCUUUCAUUAACUUCUAACAAGCAACAUGGGAUAGGAGCUAUAAGUACUCAAGGGAAGAGUUACUGCAUGGAUUUAGUGCACACAGUGUUUAAAUAUGUGAAUGCUGAACCUCUUGUAAUACAGAAUCAGUAUGAGUUCAUUCACUGUGGUCUGAGUGAGCUGGUGGUGUGUGGGGAGACAGAGGUGGCUGCAGCCAACCUCAGAAUUGCCAUCAAAACCUUGAAGAACAAGGGACCAGUUGGAUUUACUGGCUUCCAGAGGCAGAUGCAGGAUCACUACGUGUUCUGUCACGAAGUCGUCAAUAUGUACUUGGACAACUUUGACACUUACGCUAAUUUUGAGUUCAAGGAAGUCAUUUGACUUUUUGUGGUGUGAAUGGUAUUAUGGUGGAGUAUCCACUCGUAGUUCAAAUGCUUUUUGUAUGAAUCACUGUUUCCCAUUUUGAUGUCAGUUACAAUCAAACCAUGUUUUUGACUCAACUAAACCUUGAACUUGGCCCAGUUCUUAGACUAAUAAA